CUAUGACGCUGCGGCCGGGACUGUGCCGGGCGAUUGCCCAAAUCGUUUUUAUCGUUUUUAUAGUUGUGCAUUCGGCAGUAGCUUCGAAAUGCCAGGGUGGGUGUCCCAAUGCCUACAAAUGCGACUGCUCCGGGUUAAAAGGAGUAAGGGGAGCAGAGGGCAUUAGGGGAAUGCCAGCACAACGUGGAGACUAUGGAGACGUAGGAUUGAUGGGACCGGAGGGUCCCAAAGGAGAAAAAGGAAUGUUUGGAGAAUACGGAUCGGAAGGAGAAAAAGGACCUAGAGGAGAUAACGGUCCGCAAGGUAUUCAAGGUUUAGAAGGUAGAUUUGGAGCGCCCGGUGAGGAAGGAUUUCGGGGUCCACCGGGUCUGGAUGGUUGCAACGGAACGGACGGUGCAAUGGGCAUUGACGGUAUUCCGGGCAGACCCGGAGAGCGUGGUGCUCCGGGACCAAUGGGAUUGCAGGGAUUUAGGGGCGAGCCUGGCGAUGGUGGUGGUAACUCCAUGGGUAUCAAAGGUAACUACGGUAUAAUUGGCAGAGAUGGAUUAGCUGGUUUGCCUGGUCCUCGUGGAGAUACGGGACCAAAAGGUUAUGUUGGUCCUCAAGGUUUGCAAGGUCUUAGUGGUGAAGCUGGUUCAUGGGGACCUCAAGGAGACAGGGGAGAGGAAAGAGCUGGAGGAAAAGGUUUACCGGGUGAAGAAGGUGAUCAAGGUCCGCCAGGAAAGGCUGCUGGUGCUACUUUUCAAGUAGAAAUUUAUUCAACUCAAAAAGGAUUAUCUGGAGAUAAGGGACCGAAAGGUGAAAUAGGAGAAUAUGGAUGGAAAGGAGCAAUGGGAGAAAGAGGACCAGCGGGAGUACCUGGGCUCAAAGGCCCAGAUGGCAUUAGAGGGGACAUAGGAGAAGAUGGGUUAGCAGGAAAACAAGGAAAGGAGGGACCUUCAGGCGCUCCUGGUGAAAAAGGAUCAAAAGGUGCACCUGGAUACGCCGGUCUCGAUGGUAUUGAUGGUUUAAAAGGUGAAGCCGGUGAAGAUGGCCAAGUUGGUACACCUGGUAUACAAGGUUAUGAAGGGCCUCCCGGAGUAUAUGAUCCGUUAUUAGAUGAAUCAGCUAUGCCCGGUAAUGUAGGUAGACAGGGUCCCGAGGGUCCUGAAGGAGAGGUAGGAUUGUCGGGUAUACCAGGAAGACCUGGUUCACCAGGUUAUAUUGGACCUUCCGGUGCACCGGGACCUCAAGGUUAUCAGGGUGCAAUUGGUGCUCGAGGAAUUUCCAUUAAAGGAGAACAAGGCGACGAUGGGCUGACUGGACCGAGAGGAUUUUCUGGGCGACCAGGAGAACAAGGAAUUCCGGGUGAAAUAGGAGAAAAAGGCUAUAAAGGCGAAGAUGUUAUAGGUCCUCCUGGUGAACUUGGUUUGCCAGGGAUUCACGGUUUUGAUGGAACGGUAGGAGAUAGAGGUGAAAUGGGAACACCAGGUCCCAAAGGAUACCCUGGAAAUGGGCUCCCAAUUCGAGGACCUCCAGGGGACCCCGGUCCGCGAGGUUUUCCUGGAUUUCCAGGAGAUGACGGGCAACCUGGUUAUGAUGGCAUGGAUGGUUUAAAGGGAAAGCGUGGUGACGACUGUGGAUAUUGUCCGCCAGGUUUACCUGGUCUAAAAGGAGAAAGAGGUGAUGCAGCAAGACCAGGAAGACCAGGAUCCCUGGGUGUUCAGGGUUUAAUAGGAGAAAGAGGACCCAAAGGCUUACCAGGUAAACCUGGUCCGACAGGCCAACCUGGUCUAUCCGGUUCGACAGGCUCAGAUGGCAUUGAGGGCAAACCUGGGCCACAAGGUACACCGGGUAAACUAUUAUGGCCAGGUUCGAAAUUCGAGGCAGAGACAGGAGAGAUAGGAGAUAUGGGUCCGAUGGGGUCAACAGGACAGGAUGGGGAUUACGGACUUCCAGGAUAUACUGGACCGAUAGGGCGAAAGGGCGGUAAAGGAAUAAUUGGAGAUGUUGGUCUCCCAGGUUAUAGUGGAAAAGACGGUUUAUCUGGUAGUCCUGGUUAUCCUGGAGAGAAAGGAGAGCCAGCACUUGGUACAAAAGAAUUUUAUAGAGGCGAUAGCGGUAUUCCUGGUGAAAAGGGCGACGAGGGUGACCAAGGUUACCCAGGUUUUAGGGGAGAAAGUGGUGAUGCCUUUGGAGAAAUAAGAAAUAUAAGGGGAGAUCAAGGACCGCCUGGAUAUCAAGGAGAUAGAGGCUUGGGAGGACGGAAGGGUGAAAAAGGAUACAAAGGAGAUCUGGGAUUCACUGGUCCACCAGGUCCAGGUGGAAGAAGUGGGUCAAGUUAUCCAGGUCCAAUGGGUUUUAAAGGACACCCUGGAAUUCCCGGAGAUGAAGGACCACGCGGUCCUGCUGGUAUACCGGGUAAGCCAGGACAAGAUGGACUUUUGGGCAUCAAUGGCCGAAAAGGUGAUCGUGGCGACCUUGGAUUAAGAAUUUUAGAUGGUGAAAUGGGACAAGAUGGACCGCCUGGUGAAAAAGGAGAUAUUGGAGAUUUUGGACCGGAUGGUUAUCCCGGUAUGGAUGGCAGGCCGGGCAUUAAAGGAUACAAAGGGGUUAAAGGAGCGAUAGGUUUGUCUGGUUUACCAGGAUUUGCCGGCUCCAAGGGACAAAUAGGUGUUAUGAGGCAAGGAUACCCUGGUCUUAAUGGUGGUCGAGGUCCGAAAGGUAUGCAAGGUCGUUACGGCGAUAGCGGGCUAAAAGGAGACAUCGGACCAUAUGGUCCUACGGGUUUAAAAGGUGCCAGAGGUGACGCUGGAUUAUUUGGAUUACAAGGCGCUCCUGGAGACACCGGAGAAGAAGGAUUAUAUGGCUAUACAGGUUUAACUGGACGAAUAGGGUCACCAGGCGGUCAGGGGCCUAGAGGCGAUUUGGGACUCCAAGGUAGUUUAGGACCCAUGGGUAUGAAGGGGUACUUCGGAGAGAAAGGUUUACAAGGAAGGCGCGGUGACUCUGGUUCACAGGGUUUGCAGGGAUUAAUGGGUGAACCUGGUCUAAAAGGUGAAAGAGGGACACCUGGAACACCUGGUAUUCAUGGUCAAAAAGGUGAAGGAGCUUUUAGUGGUCAACAAGGUGAUGAAGGUGAUGCAGGAAUUAUUGGUGAAGUAGGAUUUGAUGGAUUACCUGGAUUGCCAGGACCGAAAGGUCAACCUGGCGAACCAGGAUAUGAUGUAAUUGGGCCCAGUGGAUUCAAAGGUGAAGCUGGUGAACCAGGUUUUCCUGGUCGUAAUGGAGCUCCUGGAAUUAAAGGAGAAUUGGGAAAUAUUGGAUAUCUGGGAAUUAAAGGAGAAAGAGGAGAAGAUGGUUCUAGAGGUCGAGAUGGUCAAAAUGGUAUACCAGGUGUUGACGGACCAAAAGGUGAAAUAGGAGAUCAAGGUGUACCCGGUUCUUAUGGACCUAAAGGGGAAUUAGGAAUGUCCGGAGAACCAGGUAGAAUGGGAAGACCAGGAAUUCCAGGUGAUGUAGGAGAAGCCGGUCCAGCUGGCCUCGAAGGUCCCAAAGGCCCUAAAGGUAACCGAGGUUUGCCAGGUUUUCCAUCAAACGGAAAUCCUGAUAAAGGAGACCAGGGUGACCAAGGAAUGCGGGGAUUACAAGGUAAUAAAGGAGAACGUGGAAAUCAAGGUUAUCAAGGUCCAUAUGGUUUUAAAGGAGAACAAGGCGAUUUUGGAUUUAAAGGAUUUUCUGGACAACCGGGUUUUCCUGGUUUAAAAGGAAUAAGAGGAGACAUCGGUUUACCCGGACUUGACGGACUUCCUGGUCAAAAUCCAGAACCAGGAGAAGAAGGUACACCUGGUUUUCCUGGAGAGAGUGGAAUACCUGGAAGACGAGGUCAAAAGGGUGCUGUUGGUGAAUUUGGACCAACCGGAGAGGACGGCCAACCUGGUUCGCCGGGUAUAAGUUUACAAGGAAGAAAAGGAGAACAAGGAGACAACGGUUAUAGGGGUCGCCCAGGUUUAGCAGGACUGCAAGGCCUAUCCGGUUUGGAUGGAAGAUCUGGUGCGCCUGGCCGAAAAGGUCAACCCGGCGACUAUGGCCAUGGUGCUGAUAGCUUGAAAGGAAAACAGGGAGACAUUGGUUUUAGAGGUCAAGACGGAUUUAUGGGAAUAAAAGGAGAACGCGGAGAACCUGGUUUAGAUGGUUUACCAGGACAACCUGGCAUGCCUGGUUUGCCCGGUUUAAAGGGUGACCGUGGUUUACCUGGAUUUGAUGGAAUACAGGGGUACAAAGGAAAUAAAGGAAUACGUGGAGAUAUAGGAAUUCUUGGACGCCCCGGCUACCAUGGACCACAGGGUGAACCUGGACUCCCAGGUUUCCGUGGCGAACAAGGACUUCCAGGAUUGUCUGGUUAUGUAGGGUUACAAGGAAAAAAAGGUGAACGAGGCGAAGUAGGUAUAGAUGGUUUACCUGGUUUUCCGGGACCAAAGGGAAUUAGAGGCGAUGAGGGUUAUAGUGGAAGGCAAGGUUCUCCAGGACAGAGAGGAAGACAGGGGCCUCAGGGAGACCCGGCACCACUACCACCUGGUCCCAAAAGUAGAGGUUUCUACUUCACAACGCAUUCUCAGAGUAUGUCAAUACCAGAAUGUCCAAGAGGAACCUCGAAGAUGUGGGACGGAUUUUCACUGAUGACAACAGGUGGAUCAGAGAAACCACAUGGACAAGAUUUGGGUACAGCUGGAAGUUGUCUAAGAAGAUUCAAUACAAUGCCGUUCUUGAUGUGCGACGUGAACCAAGUAUGUAAUUAUGCUCAAAACAACGAUUACAGCUACUGGUUAUCUACCAGUGAACCUAUGCCAACGAUGAUGACUCCAAUACCAGCGGCCGAUACUCCCAAGUAUAUUUCAAGGUGUUCAGUUUGCGAAGCAAAAACUAGAGUUAUAGCAAUACACAGUCAAAGCAGUUCGACUCCUGAGUGUCCUUACGGGUGGGAUGAACUUUGGUUUGGAUACAGUUUCCUUAUGUCCAGUGAUAACGGCGCUUACGGUACAGGCCAAUCCCUCGUAUCGCCAGGCUCCUGCUUGAAAGAUUUCCGACCAAGUCCCUUUAUAGAAUGCCACGGCCACGGAAGAUGCAACUACUACACAACUGCCACAUCUUAUUGGCUUGCGAUUAUCUCCGAAUCCGAAAUGUUUAGAAAACCGCAACCACAAACCUUGAAGCCUGGAGCACUGACUAGUAAAAUAAGCAGGUGUUCAGUGUGCAUUAGAAGACAAGAAAUCCUUCAUGGACAAGUUCCUAGUCAGUAUGCUUAUGGAAGCCGUUCUAGUUCUAGUCAAUCAGGAUACGAAACCGGCGGUUCUAGGCAAUCCGGUUACGAAUCCAGCGGUUCUCAAUCUUAUGGACAACCGUCGUAUGGAGGAGAUAGACAAUCUUCUUAUGAAAGAGAUAGACAACCUUCAUAUGGAGGAUCAUCCUCAUAUGGAACAGGUGGACAAUCUGGUGGAUCAUCAUCAUAUGGAAGAGGUGGACAAUCUGGUGGAUCAUCAUCAUAUGGAACAGGUGGACAAUCCGGUGGAUCAUCAUCAUAUGGAACAGGUGGACAAUCUGGUGGAUCAUCAUCAUAUGGAACAGGUGGACAAUCUGGUGGAUCAUCAUCAUAUGGAAGAGGUGGACAAUCUGGAGGAUCAUCCUCGUAUGGAUCAAGUGGACAACCAUCAUACGUAGGAUCGUCAUCCUAUGCAAGAAACAGGCCACCAUACUAUGGUGGUAGGCAAGGUCAAACAAGCUGGCAAGGAGGCUCAGGAUAUAAUUCAAUAGAACAACCAGGAGGAAGACAAUCGUAUGGAUCUAGAGAACAAUCAUCAUCAGACCCAUACAGGUCGAGGGAGCAAACGGGCCCCGGAAGUGGGCAGACCAGUUGGUCCAGUGGGUACAAGUGGGGAUCCCCCGGCUAUAAAGGACCGGUACCGAACGCCACUGGUUCCACAAACUACAAAAGUCUAGAGGGCGCUCCUAUAAGAAGAAGGCGACCCAAACAUAAAGUACAAAGAGUACAACAUACGUGAUCCAAAUGUGCCAUUUAUUUUUGUAAUUAUGUGUAUAGUUAAUUUUUGUUAUAAACUUCUUCCUAACGUUUUUAAUGCUUAGGCCCGCGACAAACCACUUAAGUUUAAGUUUAGUUCGUAUUUAGUAAAUUGUAAGAAAUAUACUUAAAUUAUAUUACGAAAUACUUUUAUAUCUGUAUAGUCAUAAUCACUAAAAAAUGGUGCUAACUAGUUUUAAUUUUACUUAUAUAAGCUUUUUGUAAUGUAUGUGAUGAUCCACUGCGCCUAAAUUAAAUACAAAGUCACUGCCACAUUAAACAAUUUUCCUACUGUGAAGUUUAAUUUAA